AUGUCGACCAAGCAGACCAAGCAGACCCACGAGCAGUUCAAGCACACCUCGGGUGCCACCGACCCUGUGUGGCUGCUCCACAACAAGUACGAUGCCAGGCCCGAAUUCCAACCGCUGAAUGAGGACAUCGAGACCGACGUGUGCGUCAUCGGUGCAGGUAUCGCAGGUAUCCAAAUCGCCUACGAACUGGUCCUGCGCGGAAAGGAAGUCGUGCUCAUCGAAGCCCGUGACGUACUCGCUGGCGAGACUGGCCGAACCACCGGCCACCUGUCAAAUGCGCUUGACGAUCAGUACACCGAGAUCAAGAAGAAGCAUGGUACCAGCGGUGCGCAGAUCGCAGCUGACAGCCAUACUUGGGCUCUAAAGCACGUGGGCCAAGUCACCGAGAAGCUAGGCAUCGAAUGCGAGUAUCGCACCCUGCCCGGAUAUGAGAUUUCCCAGUACGAGGUAUGCCAUGAUGACUACGAGCAGGAUAUCAGCCAGAUCAAGGAGGAGGCCCAGCUGGCCAAGCAGCUUGGAAUCAACGCAGAGUAUCGGGACGACCUGACCGUCAAGGGCUGGGAUGGCAAGCCGAACCAGCGAGGAGGUGCUGUCUUCCACGAUCAGGCUACCUUUCACCCGACAGAUUACCUCGUCGGCGUCUUGAACUGGCUCAAAUCACAGCCCAACUUCCGCUGCUUCACAUACACGCGAGCUAUGUCUGUCGAGGAGAAGGGUAUCGAGGUCCUGGGUCUGGGCCACAAAUACUGCAGGAUCGAGACCGAAUCGGGCAAGACAAUUCAGUGCGAGCACGCCGUCGAGGCGACAAAUGUCCCUCUGCAGAAGCUCAGCGUCAUCGCUCAGAUGGAGUACAAUCGCACCUACGCCAUCGCCAUCCGUGUUCCGAAGGGUUCAGUCGAGGACUGCCUGCUCUACGACUCCGCAGAAGAGUACAAGUACGUUCGCUUGACUCAUUGCGAUGACUCACACGACUACCUGGUAGUAGGAGGUUGCGACCAUGAAGUUGGCCAGGAAGAUACCUCAGGCCGGUUUCAAGAGCUGGAGGAUUGGACGCGUGCACGCUUCACACAGGCCUCAUCAGUCGAUUACAAGUGGAGUGGCCAGAUCUUCGAGCCUGUCGACUACAUGGCAUACAUCGGCAAGAACCAAGGGUGCAAGCGCAUCUACAUCGUCACGGGCGAUUCGGGCAACGGACUUACGCACGGCGUUAUCGCUGGACGGCUGAUCGCAGACGAAAUUGAAGGCAAAGAGAACGAAUGGGCUACUCUGUAUUCGCCGAAGCGGCUGGGUUCUAUGAUCAAAUCUUUGCCUGAGACGCUGGCACACGACCUGCAGAUUAACGCACAGUACAAACGCCUCGCCCAAUCAGACAUUCAGGAUAUCGAGGACCUCGUCCCCGGCUCGGGCGGCGUGCUGAACCCGACCCUCAAGAAGCCUACUGCCGUCUACAAGGACGAGAAUGGGAACGUGACUAAGCUCAGUGCGCUGUGCCCUCACAUGAAGGGAGUUGUAUGCUGGAACAAGACGGAGAAAUCAUGGGAUUGCCCCGUCCACGGCAGCAGAUUCUCUGCUACGGGUUUGUGUGUGCAGGGUCCCGCGAAGGGCAAUCUGGGACCGGUUGAAUGA